UCAGUCACCAUUUCUCCAGUUCUACACCAGACCACAAGAUGGCGGUCAAGCGCGACACACUGGUGAGCGGCCUACCGUAGAAGAAGAAGUAGAAGCCCGCGAAUAAAACGACGAAGAAGACGCGGUUUAGUGUUGCUGCUGCUUGAUUACAGGGAACCCGCUAUCAUCUUCAUCAUGUCGCAGGCGAUAUUCGAGGUGUUAGAAGGAAUGGACAAUCAGACGGUCCUUGCUGUCCAGUCCUUCCUGGAUGGUCAAGCCGGCGUCCCUGAUCACAGCAAUCAGAACGUCUCGGGAGCCGCCAUCCAGCCGAUGGAUGAUGAUGACGUCUUCCUGUGUGGGAAGUGUAAGAAGCAGUUCAACUCCUUGCCGGCGUUCUUGACUCACAAAAGGGAGCAGUGCCAGCAGAACACGCCCUCGCUCGCCACCGUGUCACUGGCGUCCAGCAACACUUACACGCCUGUACCCUCGGUCAGCGCCGUGCCACAACCUCCGGCCAACAGACAGGUGUCGACGUACAUCACGGUGCCGCCAUCUCCUCUCACACACACCCUGGUGCAGGGGAACGUUCUGGUGAGCGACGAGGUUCUCAUGUCGGCCAUCUCGGCGUUCACGUCCAUGGACACCCCAGUCACGGCCAUGCAGGCUUCCUCUCAGAGUAAUUUGAGCCUGCCCAGUGCAGCAUCCUACCUGCAGCACCACCCACAGGCCUCUCAGCCCCUCCCACUGGCCCAGGCUCCACCCCUUUCUGCACAGGUUCCCACCAGUAUCAACAGCUCAAUAGUGCAGGUGUACAGCACACUGCCCCCGAUGGCUGGAGGAGGAAACGCAGAGGUCCACACACUCGGCCUCCAACAGUUCCAGUCUGUUCAGGGUGGUGGUGGUCAGUGUGUGGACAGUCAGACUGCAGCCUUCAGCAGCGCUCCCGUUUACAGUUCGGCUAAACCGGCACAGAAGCUGAAGAGCUGCAGCAGCACCGUGACUGUGAGCGAGCUGAGCGAAUACGACAAGGUCAUCAUCCCCAAAAAGACCCGCAACUCCAAGAAAGGCCAGGAAGCAGGUCAAACAAAAGCCAAAGGUCAGAAGCUUAAGUGCAGUUUCUGUGACAAGGUGUUUGCUAAAAACUUCGACCUGCAGCAGCACAUCAGAAGUCACACAGGCGAGAAGCCGUUCCAGUGCAUUGUAUGCGGCCGAGCUUUCGCCCAGAAGUCCAACGUGAAGAAGCACAUGCAGACGCACAAGGUGUGGCCAGCCGGAGUGCACAGCACCGCGUCCAGACUCCCUGUAACGGCAAAAGCGGUCCCGGAGAACGCGGCUCAAGGUUCAGUCGGACACGAAGAAGAACAUGGUAACGGCUUCCGUUCACGUCGUUAUAGUUACGUUUACGGUCAGGGAGGACUGAGACGGGCGUCUCCGAGGAGAUCGUACACGGCUGAUCCUCUUUUCUGUUCUCCAGGAGUUCUGGAUCAGAGCGAGACUGAGCUCGCGUCCGAGGCGAAAGGAUCCAACCAGGCCCGAAAUGAGCGGCUCGUCCUCAUCGACAGCUCGUACCAGUGCCAGUUCUGCGCCGCAAAAUUCAGCAGCUACUUCCAGCUCAAAUCCCACAUGACCCACCACAAAGAUGAGCAGGUGUACAGGUGUGUGGUGAAAGCGUGCUCUCAGACCUUCCAGAAGCUGGAGCUCUUCCUUGAGCACAUCCGCUCUCACCAGGAGCACCUGACCUACCGCUGUCACCUGUGUACCAAAGUGUUCCAGUCUCUGUUCGAGCUCGGCCUGCACCAGUACUCGCACAGCUUCUGUCCUCAGCAGAAUACGCGCAAAGACACUGCUUACUACAGGUGUAAUAAGUGUCAGAGUAAAUACUCCACACAGGAAGCUCUGGAGCAGCACAUCCUUACCGCCUCACACAACUUCCCCUGUCCACACUGCCACAAGGUGUUCCCAUGCGAGCGAUAUUUCCGGAGACACCUGCUCACUCACGGCGCUGUUGGCAGAUUCAAAUGCCAGAUCUGUAAAAAGCUGUUUAAAACGGAGCACUACCUCAAACUGCACACACAGAUACACUCGGGUGAGAAGCCGUAUAAAUGUUCGGUGUGUGAAGCCACGUUCAACCGCAAGGACAAGGUGAAGAGACACAUGCUGAUCCAUGAACCCUUUAAGAAGUACAAGUGUCCUUUCAGGACGCAUGUUGGCUGCACCAAAGAGUUCAACAGACCAGACAAGCUGAAGGCACACAUCCUGUCUCACUCAGGCAUUAAGCCGUUUAAGUGCCAGUUCUGCCAGAAGAGCUUCAGUCGGCGUGCACACAUGCUCGAGCACCAGCGCUCUCACACCAACAACUACCGUUUCCGCUGCUCCACCUGCGCCAAGGGCUUCACCCGCCUCAAAUACUACCGUGAGCACCGCUGCCCACUGACCGCUGCCUCGGACACCACCGCUGGAACAGCUGGAGGUGGAGAACCCACAGCCGGAGAAGCAGAUUACACGGAUGCCCCGGAGGAAGAUUAUGACAAUGAGGAAGAGACGAGUGAAGGUGGAGUUGUGGGAGCUGAAAUGGGAACAGGAGCUGAGAUGAUGAGAGGAACAGAUGAGGAGGAUGAGGAUGAGGAGCAGAAUGAAGGUUUGCAGGGAGGUGGAGGGGCUGAUGAACUGCUGGAGGAAACCGUAUUCGGCUCUACAGCUCAUUGACGUCUCUGUUAAACCAGACGACUUGAACAGGAAAUCCGGCAGCACAAAGGGGGGAAAACAACCCCCAGAUCGUACCGGAAUCUCGAUUUGGUUUCUGCAGCAUUUCCAUAAAACAGAACGACAAACGGAGCUAAAAUGCUCAGCUAUAGCAACGUACGAAUUUUUACUAAAUAUAAUGUUACAAAGAAUCGCGAUCUAAGAAAAAAAUCAUCUGGCUGUACACACAAUCCUGUGGAACAAGCGCAGAGACUGACCUGAGAAUGAUGGACGCUAACUGUUCCCUUGUGUCGGGUUACGUGCUUUCACUUUACAAAUGUACCUUAAGUCUCUGUGGUGCAACUGAAAUUCUACACUGUGCUAGUCCUGACUGGUUUAGGACCGACUUUACACCCUGACUUAGCAACGAACUCGCGUUCAUGAAUGUAUUUUUGUUUUAUAUUAAAAACGUUGCAUGUUUUUAAAAAAAAAUUUAUUUUCUCGUUGUAGAGAAGAGAUGAAUUGCUGCUGUAAUAAUGAACAGUUUUUUUUUUUUCGGGGGGGGUUUGUGUGGGUAUUUGUAUGUGUGGCUGAAUGUGUGCACUUUAUGACUGUAAACGAGAUGUGCAAUUGGUCCAGCCUGAGUUCCGGGCUAACUGCAAAUAAAUGAAAGGUUGUGCAUGA